UUCAAACAUCUCCGCCCACAAAAGUCAACUCCUCCGUCCUCUCUGUUUCUCUCUCAUCAAAUUCCUGCUACAUAUCACACAAAUUCCGCAAAAUUAUUUCUAUUCGUUAAAAGGGUUUCAUGAUUUAGUUCUAUAAACCUCCAAUUUCAAAAAAAAUUCAUCAAUUCUCUGUAAUUUUUAUAAAAUAUUCUGAAUUUUCUCUCUGUUUCUCUCUCAUCAGUUCAUGCUAAAUAGCAUACAAAUUCCGCAAAAUUAAUCCAGUUCGUUAAAAGGGUUUGAUGAUUUAGUUCCAUAAAGCUUGAAUUUUAAAAAAAAUAUCGUCAUUUUUCUGAAAAUUUUAUCAACUUUCGAUGGGAAAUGGUGUAGGGAAGCUUACGAUAUGUUUCACCGGAAACGACGUCGUUCACCGGCGAAAAGACACUUCGGUUAUCAUAUCCGACCCGUUAGAUGAUCUGGGUCACUCUUUUUGCUACAUUAGACCCGACCCGACUUGUAUUUCUUCAUCGAAAGUUCAUUCGGCCGAAGAAACAACUUUCCGGUCAAUCUCCGGCGCCGCCGUCUCCGCCAACACCGCCACCCCCCUCUCAACUGACAUAUACUCGUAUAACGCGAUUGAUAACAAAGCAUCGGCUUUUGAAAGCUCGACGUCUUUUGCUUCAAUCCCUCUUCAACCGCUGCCCAGGAACUGUGUUAACUCUGACCCGUUAUCGGGUCAUGUUCAGUUCUCGGGCCCGGUUGAACGAGGGUUUCUAUCGGGCCCAAUUGAACGCGGGUUUCAAUCAGGCCCACUGUUCCUGACUACCCUCUCAGGCUCCCUGGAAAAGGGUAGUCAGGAACAGGAGUUUCAGCGAAGUUAUUCGCAAGGGGGGUUUGGGUUAAAACAAAGGUUGAGAAAACAGUCGUUGAUUCGGCUUAUCCAACGGGCCAUUUCGAGGACUUUUGUUUCCGUUGGACAGAACCAGAACUCGGUUGUUGCACCGGUUGCUAAGAGUGUUGUUUCAUUGAAACAACACGAUUGGACUGGUGGGAAUUCGGAGAAAACGAAUGAGUUAACGAUUAGUAGUGCGAAUUUGAGCAGUGAAAGUAGUUUUUUAGAUGAUGAUGAGUGUUUUAAUCAUAGUCAGAAUCUUCAAUGGGCUCAAGGGAAAGCAGGGGAAGAUCGGGUUCAAGUGGUAGUAUCCGAAAAACUCGGGUGGGUUUUCGUCGGGAUUUAUGAUGGAUUUAACGGUCCGGAUGCACCCGAUUUCUUGUUGUCGAAUUUGUAUCAAUCGGUUUAUAAGGAGCUCAAAGGAUUGUUAUGGGAUGAUGAGGAUAAUACUAAACUUAACUCGUCGAAUUCGAGUUCUUCGGUGCAGUCUUUGGAUAGUUUGGAUUCUCAUGUAGAUGAUCAACGUGAAACAAAUCGAUUUUCAAGCCCAAACUCUGUCGAUUUGCAAGAAAGUUACCCGUCGGGGACAGAGGACUUAAAGGGCUCGCGGAGGAAGAGGAGCAAGAAUUCCAAGGGUAGGAAUCGGGUUUCGGAGAAUCAGCGAUGGUGGAAGUGUGAAUUCGAUCGCGAAAGGUUAGAAUUGGAUCGGAGAUUAAAAGAAUAUUCGAACUCAAACGGGCCCGAUUCGAACCAUUCGGAGGUUUUGAAAGCAUUAUCGCGAGGAUUAAAGAAAACCGAGGACUCGUUUUUGGAUAUCGCAGACCAGAUGCUCGACGAAAAUCCCGAACUAGCUUUAAUGGGUUCGUGUGUUCUUGUUAUGUUGAUGAAAGGAGAAGAUGUUUACGUGAUGAAUGUUGGUGAUAGUCGCGCAGUUUUAGCUCAAAAACCCGAGCCUGAUCUCUUUAGGCAAGAUCUCGAACGGAUAAACGAAGAGACUUUAUACGAUCUUGAGGAUUCGAGUGCUGAUAAUGGUGCGAUAAAUCCCAGCCUAACCGCGUGUCAGCUUAGCGUUGAUCAUAGUACCUCAGUCGCCGAGGAAGUUCAAAGAAUAAAAACCGAACACGUGGAUGAUUCUUGUGCGGUUGUGAACGAUCGCGUUAAAGGCUCGCUAAAGGUCACUCGCGCUUUUGGUGCUGGUUUCCUUAAGAAGCCCAAAUGGAACAAUGCAUUACUAGAAAUGUUUCGAAUCGACUACGUAGGAACUUCGUCGUACAUAAAUUGUAACCCAUAUCUUCACCAUCACAAACUCGGCCCGAGAGACCAGUUCUUGAUAUUAUCCUCGGACGGGUUAUACCAAUACUUCACAAACGAGGAAGCGGUUUCAGAAGUUGAACUCUUCAUUCAAUGGUCACCCGAAGGGGACCCCGCUCAACAUUUAGUCGAGGAAGUACUGUUUCGGGCCGCCAAGAAAGCUGAUAUGGAUUUUCACGAGUUGCUAGAGAUACCACAAGGGGACCGAAGGCGUUACCAUGAUGACGUUUCGGUUAUCGUCAUUUCACUCGAAGGAAGGAUAUGGAGAUCGAGCGUGUAAGUAAACGACACAUGUAUAUCGCGGAAAACUCCGAUCGGGUGCUCGGAUUUUUUGAUUUUUUUUCUUUUUUAUAUUAGAUACAUAUAACCAACCUUAGUUAUAAGUGUGUAUAAAAACUUUCCCAUGUUGAUUAAUACAAAUGUUUUAUAUAACAAUUCCUAUCAGAAGGAAAGUCAAAGAUCUGAAAUAUUAAUUUUGACUUUUUAAUAAAAAGGUCAAACAUUUCAAGUG